AGCAUCGUGUGUGCAGGCAGCUAGCUGCUGUUAGCUGUUGUUAGCUGUUAGCUGUUAGCUGCUGUUAGCACUUCAUCAUUAAAGAGUCACUCUUCUCUGUGUUGGUUAAACAGCUUUAAACAGAUUCACACCGCUGAACCGCGUCUCUGGCUCGUGGAGGCUGAGCGGGGAGAACAGCGCGGCUAACCGGCGACCAGCGCAGGCUAGUGGAUGUGAUUGUGUGGUAGCCCCGGGUUAGCUUCAUAGCUAACUGAGCCAGCGACAAACACCAAGAGGAGGAAUGAACCAUAAGAGUAAAAAGAGGAUCAAAGAGGCGAAGCGGAGCGCCAGGCCCGAGCUGAAGGACUCGCUGGACUGGAUCAAACACGGGUACCACGAGACGUUCGACCUGUCGCACCGAACCGUCAAGGACAACGUAGAGCGCGUGGACACCCUCCAUCUCAGUCCUGAAGAGUUCAUCCGGCGCUUCGAGCGACCCUACAAGCCCGUCGUCCUGCAGAACUGCCAGGAGAGCUGGCCCGCCCGAGAAAAAUGGACUCUGGAGCGACUCAAGCGCAAAUACCGCAACCAGAAGUUCAAGUGCGGGGAGGACAACGACGGCUACUCUGUGAAGAUGAAGAUGAAGUACUACAUGGAGUACCUGGAGAACACCAGGGACGACAGCCCGCUCUACAUCUUUGACAGCAGCUACGGUGAACACGCCAAACGCCAGAAGCUGUUGGAGGACUACCAGGUCCCCGUCUUCUUCAGGGACGACCUCUUCCAGUUUGCAGGAGAGAAACGCAGACCGCCGUACAGAUGGUUCGUGAUGGGUCCGGCUCGCUCCGGCACAGGAAUUCACAUCGACCCCCUGGGCACCAGCGCAUGGAACGCCUUGGUUCAGGGUCACAAGAGGUGGUGUCUGUUCCCCACCAACACGCCCCGAGAGCUGAUCAAAGUGACCCGAGAGGACGGAGGCAACCAGCAGGACGAGGCCAUCACCUGGUUCAGUGUGGUUUACCCACGAACGCAGCAGCCCAACUGGCCUCCAGAGUUCACGCCACUGGAGAUCCUCCAGAAACCCGGGGAGACGGUUUUUGUGCCUGGUGGAUGGUGGCACGUGGUCCUCAACAUGGAUACAACAAUCGCCAUCACUCAGAACUUUGCCAGCACAACCAACUUCCCCAUCGUGUGGCACAAAACUGUGCGAGGACGACCCAAGCUGUCCAGGAAGUGGUAUCGUGUUCUGAAGCAGGAACGGCCCGACAUGGCGGUGUUGGCAGACAAAGUUGACCUGCAGGAGUCGACAGGCAUCGCCUCAGACAGCUCCAGUGACUCUUCAUCAUCGUCCUCCUCCAGCUCGUCCGACUCUGAUGCAGAGUCAGGCUCUGAGGGCGACACCAUGUCCCACCGCAGGAAGAAGAGACGCACCUGCGGGAUGACGGCCAACGGAGACACUAGCGGUCAGGACGACUGCGUCAGCAAGGAGAGGAGCUCGUCACGGUGACCUCCCGCCUCCGUCCACUCGAACCCCCAGCGGUGACUCCUUCUCCCAGCUGCUUCAGGUUCAGUGUCUGAAUCCCAGAGUGACAGCCAUCUGGCUGCCUUUAGAGCCAAGAUGGCUGCCGCUGAGAAGCAAGGUGUAGAUAAAGGAGGAGGAUGGACACCUGCCACCAUUGUGCUUUAUACACCAAUCACGAUUUUGUGUCUCUGAUGUGUGAAGACGAAUUCUAGCCAAUCACAGACGGUUCUGGUUUGGUAGGUGGGUCUUUAAAGCUCUGCUGUUUUCUUUUGUGAGCUUGUGCUGAGACGGAGAGAAUGUGACGAGGGUCUUGUUUAAGAAUUUAAUCUGUCGACAAGUUCAGUCGUCAGAAGUUUAAACUUCUGCAGGUUAAAUCUCUGAAGUGGUUCUGAACGAGAUUAUCUGUGCACGUAAAACUUUAUUAAACUUAACAGGAAACAGGUCGUUAACGAUGACGUCACAGCAGCAAGUGUAAAUCUGAGAAUCUGCAGCUCAAGAAAAGUAGAUUUCUUCCUUCAAUAGGACAAAAAAGGACUUAGAUUUUAAAAACUUAAUAUUUUCUGUUGCUUGUCCAGGUCACGUCAUGAAUUAAUUUCUGUAUCAGUUAUUGUUUGAUUCUGCAGGAAUGUACUGAAGAACAUAUCUUCUCUACUGGUUUUUCAAUCCAAUACUUGAAGUUUGACUGACGGGAGUUAAAUUCUACUCAGUGUGACAAUAACAACAUUUUAAAAGUUAAUAAAAUAAUGGUUAGAGUUAA